AUGGAGUUUUGUCCAACGUGUGGGAGCAUGCUGAUGAUUGAGCUACCGAAUAUGGGACACGCGACUAGGUUUUAUUGCACCACUUGUCCAUAUGUUUGCCCAAUUGAAAGAGGGGUUAAGAUUAAGAGAAAGCAAAUCUUGUUCAGAAAAGGGAUUGAACCUGUUAUCUCCUCUGAUGACAUGAAGAAUGCACCCACUACUGAAGUACCAUGCCCAAAUUGCCGUCAUGAUAAAGCUGCUUAUAAGGAGGUUCAGACUAGAUCAGCUGAUGAGCCUGCAACAUUAUUUUUCAAAUGCUUGAAUGUAAAGUGUGGGCACAAUUGGAGAGAGGGUUGA